GGGGAAGGUGAGCAGCGCGUCAGAUUGUUGUGAUUGAAGGAGUCACACAUCCAAGUUCGGGCUCGGAAACGACGGAGGUCCACUUGAUAAGAGAGCAAACGGCGGUUGAAGCGAGAUGGAGAGUGGGGAUGACACUGUCCUCCGGUCUCGCUUCCGAGCCAUUCCGAAGGUCCCCAUCUUCCCUGAAUUAGAUGGAUUGGAUGGGGAAUGUAGUCAGGGAGAACGUCAGCAAGGCAAUGGAGACAACCACAUUACCAGCAAUGGAAAAAUUGAAGUGGAGCAUGUGAUCAGCAAAAAGCUACAACUGAAGAGGAAAGCAGAGUUCCUGAAGAGUGACCUGAUGCGUCAAUUUGACAGUCAGGUUAAUGACUUCAUGGACAGUUUGAUUGAGGAGUCGGCCAGCCUGGAGCCUGCACCUGUACCUGCAGUCUUCUCGCCUCCGCUGUCAGACAAGGAGAGGAGCAAACUCAGGCAUUUUCGCCCUCCUCAUGGCCAGGGCAAGCACUUUGUCAGUCGCAGGUCCCUCCUAGAUGAGCUGUUUGAGGUGAACCACAUCAGGACUAUCUACCACAUGUUUAUUGCCCUGCUCAUUCUCUUUAUCCUCAGUACACUGGUGGUAGAUUUCAUUGAUGAAGGCAGGCUGGUGCUGGACUUUGACCUGCUGGUCUAUGCAUUUGGACAGUUCCCUCUGGUGGUGUGCACAUGGAUCUGCAUGUUCCUGUCUGUGUUGCUGGUUCCCUAUACUCUGUUCCACCUGUGGUCACAGACUCAGUCUGGGUCUUUUAGUCACCCCGGCUUGUGCAGUUUGCUCUUUGGCUCUGUAUUCCUGCUCUACCAAGCUCUGGGUCUGGGAUUCUUGCCAACAUAUGUGGUGGUGACCAACAGUUUGCCACCUGCAUCCUGCUUCAUCAUCAUCCUGGAACAGGUGCGUCUAAUGAUGAAAACACACUCCUUCGUCAGGGAGAAUGUACCAAGAGUCCUGACCUGGGCUAAAGACAAGAGCAGCCCCAGCCCAGUGGUCCCUCAGGUCUCUCAGUAUCUGUACUUUCUGUUUGCACCCACACUCAUCUACAGAGACAAGUACCCCAGGAACCCUGUGAUCCGAUGGGGUUACGUGGCCACAAAGUUACUUCAGGUACUAGGCAGUCUGUUUUAUGCCUAUUACGUGUUUGUGCGGCUGUGCAUCCCUCAGUUUCGCAGCAUCAGUCUGCAGCUCUUUGACCUGAGGGCCAUGGUCCUCUGUGUCUUCAACUCCAUCUUGCCAGGAGUGUUGGUUCUCUUCCUGGCAUUCUUUGCCUUCCUCCACUGCUGGCUUAAUGCUUUUGCUGAGAUGCUCCGCUUUGCUGACAGGAUGUUUUACAAGGAUUGGUGGAAUUCAACCUCUUUUGCCAAUUACUAUCGCACCUGGAACGUAGUGGUCCAUGACUGGCUGUACUACUAUGUGUACCGGGACUUCCUAUGGAUGUCUCAGAAGCGUUUCAGACCAGCGGCCAUGCUGUUUGUGUUUACAGUGUCUGCGGUGGUCCAUGAGUACAUUCUUGCAAUCUGCUUUGGCUUCUUCUAUCCUGUGCUCUUCUGCCUCUUUAUGUGCUUUGGAAUGAUGUUCAACUUCAUUCUGCAUGACCAAAGGAAAGGUCCCAUCUGGAACAUAAUCAUGUGGACAUCCCUCUUCCUGGGUCAGGGAGUCAUUAUCUGUCUGUACUCCCAGGAGUGGUAUGCCCAGCGUUACUGCCCCCUGAAGGAGCCUUCAUUCCUUGAGUUACUGAAGCCUCGCUCCUGGAGCUGUCAGAGAGGUCUGAUGGCAGACUCUGAUGGGCUGUGAUCUGCGUUUGGACCACUGCCGAGGACCAUCGCUUAUCGGUUUAAAUACGACCAGCCUGUCUGUUACUGUCAUAACUUCUGGUCUUUCGUGUUUGUUUUAUUUUUAUUGCACUAGGGUCGUGACUGCCAAAAUGCUUUUUAUUCUAAAAGCAAAGUCAAAGUGAUGCCUUACUUUCCCAUUUUAUGUUUUCAAAAAAACAAACCCAACAGAAUUACAAGUUCACAUAAUUGCACAUGUGAACUCCUUUUUAUUUUUAUGUAGUAUUUAUUUUUCAGAUGCAUUCCCAUUGUGUUUGUUUUGAUCAACUGUGGAACAAAUCCUUGUGCCAAUAUGAUAGUGGUAAUCAUGAUAUGGCAGCUGAAUACAAACAUCACUCUAUAUAAACAUUCACACAACAGUAAUACUUAAUAUUUAAAAGGUUUGCAAUUACUACUCUAUUAUAGAUUAUAUUCAGUAUGGUGUUUGAAAAGACUUUCAAUUGUAUUCAUUUUCACUGCCAAUAAGAUUUAUUUUGAAAAAUGGCCACUGUUUGGUGUUUUGUUUAAAUCUAUGAGGAACAGUGGCCUCUGCAUAAUAACUUCAAGAUUUCAGACAACUUCUCUAAAGAGAAAAAUGAAGGUGGCACUCAACAUGCCAAUAUAGUUGGAAAAUUAUUUUAUAUUGUAAAUCUGAAACUGUGAUGAAGAGCAUUUCCAGACUGUGGUACACUUGAACUCAGAUUUAAGACUAACUUUCCUCUUCAUCUCCAGCUGUCAAGCCACAAGGAUGUUUGGAGCUCAUUCAAAGUCAUGACACUGAACUCCAUGAAACAUGAAUCCAUGAAUGUUGGUGUGUGGAGUUAAUAUAUUCUGUGACUGCUGAAGAUGCUGAUGCUGAUUUGAAUAUUUUCAGCUGAACUGACUUGAACAUACAUCAUUAUAGAGAAUAUUUCUUGUCAACUUAAUGAUGUUUUAUUUUGUUCAUGACCAAUGUUGGGAGUUGUGUCAAGGUGAAAUCAGGACAAAAUGACCACUGUAAACUGUUGCAACUGGCUGUUAGAAUGUUAUAACACUGAAAUGGUAAUGAUACUUUAUUAGCACUAAGGGCUACAGUUUGCUUUGUCACAUAAUGAGAACAUUAAAUAAGACAGUGUUUUGCUUAAAUCAUACUACGAUACAUUUUACAGAACAAUAAUUUCCAUGUCAAACGAAUGGAAUAAGGAAUUUAUACGCUCUGUGUGCUUUUAGUUCUUGUGUUGCAAUAAUGUGUUUACACAUUUGUAUUGUUUUGGUGAAGUCACAGAGGUAAUGCACAAUUAAUGUUGCCAAUUCUGACAUUCCAAUGCAGGGAGUCUAUGUUAAUAAUAAGAUGCAUAAUACAAGUUAAAAACCAGCAAUGGAAAACUGCACUUCCAAAAACAGUAUGUCCACAAGGUGGCACUGUGUUAAAAGCUUUUACUUUUGAUCCUCUGCUCAAUUUGGCUGCGACUUGUGGUCAGGAGCAAGAGAGGCUUCCCCAGAGUCCCUUGCAAAUUUUUUAUAUAAGCAAACACAAGUACCAGCAACUUUUUUUUGUUUUGUUUUUAUAUAUGUACAUAUAAUAGCAGAAAUAUUGGAUUGCCCUGUGGUUCUUACUACUAAGUAAUUCCUGAGACUGAGAUUGUAUUAAUAAGACAAAUAUUUAUGGUUGUGAAAAGAGCUGAGCUUCAGAAAUGCUGUUUAUUUAGAUCCGGUAUUUAUUUUUGGGAGCAGAUCAUUGCCAACUUAAUGUCAUAUUUGUAUUAAUUGUGAUCUUUUUUUCUGGCCUUGAAGAACUGAUUGCGUCAGGUGACAAUUUUAUGAAUCAUUAUGUUCUAUUUUUGGAUGUGGACAGACAUCUAAUACAUUCUUGAAGACACAUCAAAGUAUAAUAUCUAUUAAGAAUAAAACAUGGAAU